AUGCCAAUAAGUACCUCAUCAGGUAUUUCGAUGGCAUUGGAGUAUGUGGCCCACGGGAUUGUAGAUUUGAUCGGAUGUAGACAGGUCUCGGCUGCAGCGUUUAUCCGUCUCCUCUGUUCUCCCAACUACUGCGGAUACGGCCCGAGAAUUCUGAAAAUAACUCUAGGAACACCAGAAAGGCCUACGACUGUCUUACAGUCGUGGUACGAUAGCAAGAUCAAGGGACCAUUAAAACUGAGUUUAACACCAAUGCACAACCCAGGACUCAAAAAUCAUCAAGGCACUUUUUCCGGGCAGAUCAUUUUGGAAUGUGAAAUUUUAGACAAAAAACGAACAUUUUGUAUCGAUGUAUCAAAUGUGAUCGCUGAACGGCUGUUACGUGCUAAUGUGGACUUACCGUUGCAUCGACUCGGGGGAAAAUUGCAAAUGGACGAGAUGAGUGACCGACACAAAGCGACUCAAAUUGGUGAGAAAAAUGAGUCAGAACAGGCAGAGUUGCGUAAGAAGAUUGAGCAGUUAUCAUGUGCUCUGAACAUAAUAUCACCGUACACCGCGUUCAUUGGUGUUGAUCCCGUUAAGGGAGUCUUCAAACCAGUAGUGCUAAUCAUAAUCCUGUCACUGCAUAUUCAUUUGCUUUCCUUUAUAGCACAGUCGCUUGCUUAUGCCGCUUUUGGAAUGUCCUGUGAUGUUGUUGGUACGUUGAUCAUAUGUGUCUUUGAUCUUUCGUUUAUUCCAUCUGCGAAAUAG